AUCACAGCAGACGGGAGUAGUUUGUUUGCCUCGGGAACAGUAAAUGUAAAUCGAAGCUAAAGAUUUCCCAGGCUGUGUGAACUUUUCAUUCUGCUGUGAUUAAAAGGCGACCGCCUUAGAGCUUUUGAGAUUGCGAUAAUAUUGCACACCAGAAAUCCCUGGCCACUGGACUGCUGUAGAGACUAUGAGUACAAACUAGAAUAUUUAAGGGUAUUUCACGUGUUGGUCAUUUCCAGUGGUCUGGAAAGCAGCUAGCUGACCAGAUGAGUUCUUACUUUGUAAAUCCCUUCUAUUCCAAGUACAAGUCUGGGGAAACGUUAGGUCCGACGUACUACGACUAUCCUUUCGCACAAGAUGUAAACAGUAGGCACGCGGUGGUGUACAGCAGCGGAGCGAGCUUCCAACAUCCUUCUUCUCAGGUUCAAGAGUUUUACCAUCCUGGGGCCUCGACGAUACCGAAUGCAACAUACCAGCAGAAUCCGUGUGGGAUCGCGUGUCACGGUGACCCCUCGAAGUUUUACGGAUACGAUAACUUACAGAGGCAGCAGCUUUUUACGACACAGCACGAGGCCGAGCUGGUACAAUAUCCUGACUGUAAAUCGUCUAGCGGUCAUACUGGCGAAGAACCAGAUCAUUUAAAUCAGAACCCUUCGCCUUCUCAGAUGUUUCCCUGGAUGAGACCUCAAGCUCCGGGCAGACGAAGAGGCCGACAAACUUACAGUCGAUUCCAAACUUUGGAGCUCGAGAAGGAAUUUCUCUUUAACCCCUAUCUCACCAGAAAGCGAAGGAUCGAGGUAUCGCACGUACUAGGUCUCACCGAGAGGCAGGUAAAAAUCUGGUUUCAGAACCGAAGAAUGAAGUGGAAAAAGGAGAACAACAAGGAUAAAUUUCCCUCUGCGCAGGCAGACGAAGGAGACGGAGUGAAAACGGAGAGGGACAGCUUUGAGCAACGCGAACAGGGGCAGGAGACAGACUGACUUUAUUCAGCUAUACGUUCUUUUAAAAUUGGUUAUCGGGUCACAGACAUGCACUUGAAUUUCUCAUUAAAAUGUAUUGUGCCUUAAAUGAA